AUGAUGACUUCCAAUGGGCAGAAAAGAAAUAAGGCGCCGACUCCCGAGCUGCCGGACGAGCUUGUUUCAGAGAUCAUGACCCGACUGCCAGUCAAGUCUCUUAUUCGCUUCAAGUGCGUCAAGGCAUGGCGCACAACCAUAUCCGACCCCUCCUUCGUCCGGUCGCACCUCAAGAUAUCCACCUCCGACGCUUCGCUCCUACACGCCUCGGACUUCACCGGCAAGUUUCGUUUGUUUCUCUGCUUCUGCCACUGCAACGGCCUUGUGCUCGUCUCGACGGACACCAAGAUGUACCUCAUCAACCCGGCCACCAGGGGCAUCGUCACGCUUCCAGAGAGCAGCCACUACCUGGUGCCCGCUUCCAUCCACCGCCCCAUUGCGUUCGGCCGUGAUCUUCGCACUGGAAUGUACAAGGUAGUCCAGUUCUUCUUUGCUUGGAGAGACUAUAAAUUCUAUAUGGGAGUAGAGAUGUGCACCGUGGGCGACCCUGCUACUCCUGCAUGGAGGGAAAUCGCAGCUGACCGGUGGUACCACGCCGUGUCAUGGGUGACAGCGCAAUCUGUCAAUGGGGGUGUGUACUGGAUCGUCGACGUCGAUGAUACCAUACCGACCGCGGCCUCCUCCGCUUCGGCUUGGACAAUGAGGCGUUGA